AUGGAUUUAGUGUUGGAAUUUGUUGAUUCCCAUGGUGUGGAUUAUCUCUAUGCUAAAUUAUUCCCAGCUUCCUUAUCUAGUCACAUCCCGGAAGUUUUACAAAAAUCAUUGGAUUUGGUUCUUUCAGAACUUCAGGAAUCUGAUGUUUAUGGUAAAAUUCCUGUUUUCUUUGACACUUCAAUCUAUACAAAUGCUUCAUUAUUACCAAGAUACAACUUAUUGAGACAAUUUUUAACCUUAUUCCCUCUUAUGUGGUUCUUUGGUAUUGCAUUAUAUUUAACUGUUGCAACUUUUAGUUAUGUUUUCAUUUUUGACAAAGCUAUUUUCAACCAUCCAAGAUAUUUGAAAAAUCAAAUGUCAUUAGAAAUCAAACAAGCCGUUAAUGCCAUUCCAAUUAUGGUUCUUUUAACCAUUCCAUGGUUUUUAAUCGAACUACAAGGUUACUCCAAAUUGUAUUGGGAUGUUGAUUCUGUAAAAGGUGGUUGGUGGUCAAUUGUUUUACAAUAUCCAGCUUUUAUCAUGUUUACAGAUUUCUUCAUUUAUUUGAUUCAUAGAUGGUUACAUUGGCCAAGAGUUUACAAAGCUUUACACAAACCUCAUCAUAAAUGGUUGGUCACCACUCCUUAUGCUUCACAUGCUUUCCAUCCAGUUGAUGGUUAUUUCCAAUCGUUACCAUAUCAUGUUUAUCCAUUUGUUUUCCCAUUGCACAAGAUUAGUUACUUAAUUUUGUUCACUUUUGUCAACUUUUGGACAGUUAUGAUUCAUGAUGGUGAGUAUUUAGCAAAUGACCCAAUUGUCAAUGGUGCAGCUUGUCAUACUGUUCAUCAUUUAUACUUCAAUUACAACUAUGGUCAAUUUACCACUUUAUGGGAUAGAAUUGGUAAGUCUUACAGAGAACCAGAUAAAGAAUUAUUCGAUAAGAGUAAGAAGAAAUCUACAAAGACAUGGGAAGAACAAGUUGUGAAGAUGGAAGCCAUCAAAAGUGUCGUUGAAGGUAACGAUGAUGACAGAGUCUAUGGUACAGAAGAAAAGAUCAAUAAAAAGAACUGA